UGUACCAUUGUAGCUUCGGACAAAGGGGUGGGCGAAACCCGAAAGCGAGAUGGAGGGGCCGAUCUGUAGUUCAGAGCUCACCCCUGAGGAAGAGAGACUUGUGAUCAGAGAUAUUUCCAUGGCUGCCGAAGCUCAGUCCAGGGAAGGAGAUGCAUUCUUUCUCAUCACUCACAGAUGGUGGCAAAACUGGCUUGAAUAUGUGAACCAGGACCAAGCAAGCACCACAAGUGAUGUAUCAUCAUUGUAUGAUUCUGAAUAUCGUGAAUCAGCUGGUUCAAAGACUUUCAAGAGACCUUCGGUUAUUGAUAAUUCUGAUUUGAUUUAUGAUGGGACAUCAGAGGAAUCUAAUUUGGGACUGGAGCUUCAUGAUGCUUUGGUAGAAGGUCGUGACUAUAUAUUGCUUCCGCAAGAAGUUUGGAAGCAAUUGCUUGUAUGGUAUGGUGGAGGUCCAACAUUGGCACGGAAAUUGAUCAGUGCUGGUUUGUCUCAGACAGAGUUGGCUAUAGAAGUCUACCCUCUGUGCCUUCAAUUAUUUGCGAUGCCAAAAGAAGAACGUGCUACAAUCAGAAUAAGCAAGAAGGACACCGUUGGUGAGCUACACAGAAGAACGUGUGAAAUUUUUUAUCUAAAUUUGGAGCAAGUAUGCAUUUGGGACUAUUAUGGUCAUCAGAAACAUGCUUUGAUGAAUGACAUGGAUAAGACACUUGAUGCUGUGAAUAUACAGAUGGACCAGGAUAUUCUGGUGGAGGUUAUUGGUGAUGCAAAUGGUAAUGCUUCUGGUGGUUGUAUGAGCCCUGUACAGGACAAUGGGUGUGUAGAGAAAGAUUCAACUUCUGUUCUUCUAGAACCUUGUAAGUCAAGCUUGUCCAUUGCAGGGGGUAUGUCUGCAAGCAAGGGUGUUUCAAGAAGCUGCAGUUCAGACUUGUCACAAAGCCAUCAGCUGACUUCACCUGUUAGAGAAUUGGAUAACUCAUAUGGAACUAGUGGUGUUACUACAAGGGGUUCCAGUGGAGGUCUUACUGGGUUGCUGAACCUUGGGAACACUUGUUUUAUGAAUAGUGCAAUUCAGUGCCUUGUGCACACACCUGAGUUUGCUAGAUAUUUUCGUGAAGAUUAUCAUCAAGAAAUAAACUGGCAAAACCCACUAGGCAUGGUGGGGGAACUAGCUCUAGCAUUUGGUGACUUGCUUAGAAAACUAUGGGCUCCAGGACGCACGCCAAUUGCUCCUCGGCCAUUUAAAGCAAAGCUUGCUCGUUUUGCACCCCAAUUCAGUGGAUAUAACCAACAUGAUUCUCAGGAACUGUUGGCAUUUCUGUUAGAUGGGCUUCAUGAAGAUCUAAAUCGUGUCAAACACAAACCUUAUAUAAAGUCUAGAGAUGCAGAUGGUCGGCCUGAUGAAGAAGUUGCUGAUGAGUACUGGGCAAAUCACAUUGCUCGGAAUGAUUCUAUAAUUGUUGAUGUGUGCCAAGGUCAAUACAAAUCAACUCUGGUUUGCCCUGUAUGUGGAAAAGUGUCCGUAACGUUUGAUCCUUUCAUGUAUCUAUCUUUGCCACUUCAAUUCACAGUUACUCGGACCAUGACUGUCACAGUUUUUACUAGUGAUGGGAGUGCACUGCCAAUUCCUUGUACUGUGAAUGUUCCAAAACAGGGUCGUUGCAGGGACUUGAUUCAAGCCAUUAGUGGUGCUUGUUCCUUGAAAAGCAAUGAGAGGCUUUUGCUUGCUGAGAUUCGCAGCCACCUGAUUCAUCGAUUCUUGGAGGAUCCUUUAAUAUCAUUAUCCACAAUAAAAGAUGAUGACCACCUUGCUGCUUAUAAGAUACCAAAGUUUAUGAAGAACACGGUAUUUCUUCGGUUGAUACACCGCCGUGGAGAAAAGGGCUCUACUGGUGCUCACCUGGAUUGGAAACCUUAUGGUACUCCGUUUGUCUUACCAAUCUCACGUGAUGAUGUUAUCACGAGAGGUGAUGUACAAUCAAUAGUUCAUACCAUACUCUCUCCAAUGCUAAGAGUCAAGACUCAUAGGCCUCCGGAUCUUCCUGACACCAAUAUUCCAGCAGCAGCAUCACAUGCAUCUCAAGCUGUCAGUUCUGGUGAAGCAUGCACAGAUGCCAUGGUAUCAGAUUCGAUAGAUAAGGAUGAUAGCAGUUCUCUACCAUCUAUGCGUUCAAAACUGCCUCUACAGCUUGUUGACGAGAAUAAUGCAUGCAUUGAUCUGACAACAGGAGAGGAGAAGCCCAUUAGACUUUCCUCAUCAUCAUCGCCAAUUAUUGUGUUUAUUGACUGGUCACAAGAACAAUUAGAGAAGUAUGAUACCCAUUAUCUAGAGAAUUUGCCAGAGGUGCUCAAGUAUGGAAAUGUGGCAAAGAAAACCCGUACUGAACCUUUGUCUUUGUACACCUGCUUGGAAGCUUUUCUGCGUGAAGAACCAUUGGUGCCUGAAGAUAUGUGGUACUGCCCACGAUGCAAAGAACGACGACAAGCAAGCAAGAAGCUGGAUCUGUGGAGGCUUCCUGAAAUGCUAGUCAUCCAUCUCAAGAGAUUCUCCUACAGCAGAUCAAUGAAGCAUAAACUGGAAACCUUUGUCAACUUCCCAAUUCAUGACUUUGACUUGACAAACUAUGUUGCCCAUAAAAACAACUCUCGGCGCCAGAUUUAUGAGCUCUAUGCCUUGAGCAACCACUACGGUGGCAUGGGAAGUGGGCACUAUACAGCACAUAUCAAGCUUCUUGAUGAGAACAAAUGGUAUAACUUCGAUGACAGCCAUAUCUCACCUAUAAACGAGGAAGAGGUUAAGUCAGCAGCGGCUUAUGUGCUUUUCUAUCGGAGAGUAGAGAGCGAAGAUGUCUCCAUAAGCAACGGAGCUUAGUUGUAUGCUGGUCGUGACGACAGUUCGCUCAAAAAGUGAGAAGUGAAGUUUUUGCAUCCUCAAAGAUGUCUGUUAUGGUGGAUAGCACAACGGUUGUGGGUGUAUGUGCAUUUGUUAUUUGUACAUAUGUGAUUUAUAAGAUAAGCAGGCCAAUUCUCUGAAGAAAGGAGAGAACAGUCCCGGGAUUCAUUAGGAGUCCCAGGUUUCUAGUAACUGAGAAUCUGUAAAAUGGAAGAAACUUUCAAUUGUACCUUCAACCUUGUCUUUUCGAUAGCUUAUUCAGAAUA